CUUCCGGUGGCAGGGUCUGAGGAAGGGGCGGCAGGCGCCAUGUCGGGCCGCGAAGGUGGCAAGAAGAAGCCCCUGAAGCAGCCCAAGAAGCAAGCCAAGGAGAUGGACGAGGAAGAUAAGGCAUUCAAGCAGAAGCAGAAGGAGGAGCAGAAGAAACUCCAGGAGCUAAAAGCAAAGGCCGCGGGGAAAGGCCCCCUGGCCACUGGUGGAAUUAAGAAAUCUGGCAAAAAGUAAACUGUUCCCUUGCGCCUGAGGCAGUGAUGACCCUUAGUUCCAUUCCUGUUUAAACACCUGGAUUCCCUGCCAUGAUAUCUGUUGCCACCUAUAGCUAGAAUGAUGUGUUGUCUUGGAACCUAUUGUACAUUUAAGAAUAAAC